UGUCUUCACUCGAUGAUGAAUUGUUUUCAGGGCACCAAUGCCUCUGCUCUGGAAAAAGACAUUGGUCCAGAGCAGUUUCCAAUCAAUGAACACUACUUCGGAUUGGUCAAUUUCGGGAACACAUGCUACUGUAACUCCGUGCUUCAGGCCUUGUAUUUCUGCCGGCCGUUCCGUGAGAACGUGCUGGCAUACAAGGCCCAGCAAAAAAAGAAGGAAAACUUGCUGACGUGCCUGGCAGACCUUUUCCACAGCAUUGCCACACAGAAGAAGAAGGUUGGCGUCAUCCCACCAAAGAAGUUCAUUUCAAGGCUGAGAAAAGAGAACGAUCUCUUUGAUAACUACAUGCAGCAGGAUGCUCACGAAUUUUUAAAUUAUUUGCUAAACACUAUUGCGGACAUCCUGCAGGAAGAGAAGAAACAGGAGAAACAAAACGGGAAGUUAAAAAAUGGCAACAUGAACGAGCCUGCAGAGAAUAAUAAACCAGAACUCACUUGGGUCCAUGAGAUUUUUCAGGGAACGCUCACCAAUGAAACUCGAUGCUUGAACUGUGAAACUGUUAGUAGCAAAGAUGAAGAUUUUCUUGACCUUUCUGUCGAUGUGGAGCAGAAUACAUCUAUUACCCACUGUCUAAGAAUGCAGUUUGAGCUGAGAACCAAUGAGGGAAUUGCCUUUUCCUCCAUCUUUCAGCAUUGUAUGGAGAUCAUUCAUGAAAAAUUCCUCCUCAUUAGGGUUGAGUGGAGCUUCUCUUCCAGCGGUCCUAAUCGUGGGCAUUACAUUACUAUUGUGAAAAGUCAUGGCUUCUGGCUUUUGUUUGAUGAUGACAUUGUAGAGAAAAUAGAUGCCCAAGCUAUUGAAGAAUUCUAUGGCCUGACGUCAGAUAUAUCAAAAAAUUCAGAGUCUGGAUAUAUUUUAUUCUAUCAGUCAAGAGAAUAACUUAAAGAACUGUGGGACUAAUUCAAGUGGGGGGAAAUGUUCAAAGCACUAUUACUUGGUUUCUCUGCAGACUUUCUUCUUCCCCAGUGGCCCCACCAAUGGUAUUACUCCAAGUCUCAAUGGUCUGGCUGUGUUAGACUCUCUCUUUCUUUCUCUCUCUCUGUUUUUUACAUGCAGCACUAUUCGUGGUUUUAUUUUAGUCUGAGGUAGAGUUAACUGCAAUCAGAUUGUAGUAAGAUUUAUAUAAAUAACAGUUGCUAACUUUAGGAUCGAGUAAAAGCUGUGCCACUGGCUGUGUCUGGCUGAGUUGGAAUGACAUUUCCUACGAAUAUCUGCAGUCUAUUUGGGGGUCUUUGCUAAACUUCCUAAAUGACUUCCAGGGUCUCCUUUCAGUGCAUUCCUUUACCUUGUCCCUGGAAGCAUUGCUACCCAUUUUUAGCUUCUCUGCCUCUUACCUGACAGAAGAAUUGGGUAGAUGUUCACCUUUUAGGGCAGCAACUAUAGCUUUAAGUUUGUGCAAGUGAAAAUGUUUAAAAGUGAGUGACCUCGAUACUAAAAUCAUCCUCCAGGUGGAACAGGGUGAAGAGCUGUUUGUGGUGGCCCGCGUCUGCCCUGGGCUGUGCUCACCUAGCCAUUAGAAUUCACGGGGCAAAGAAGGUAAGGAGCUCAGGGCAGGCAAAGACAAGAGGAGGAAGCACUUGUGGACAGUGAAAAGUUACUUUUCUUAUCUUUCUACCAAAACCAAGUUUCAGGAAAAUAACUCUUUGUUGUUUGUUUUUAGUGACACUUUCUUCUGUAAGGUCCUGUGAGUUGUAUCUAUCCUUUAUCUGGCACUGCUAAGCUUUCCAAGGUGUGUUUCCAGACCUGCUGGUGUUUCGCAGUCUGUGGUCGCAGGGCUGGGACACCAAAGGGACUGCCUCCUGCACAGCUCUUCUUAGUCAGUCAGUACCAGCAUCAUUCUUUAUCCAGAAGAACGAAGGCACUGCACCUUUACCAUCAGCAGCAUUGUACAGCUGUUCACUUUUUAACAUUUCAUUUUGUUUACCGAGGCACUGGCAAGUCCUAGGGCUAACAUGGAACCUUCCCUAGAGGGAACAAUGGAGUUAGCUGGGUGUGAAGAUCGGUCAAAGGACGUGUCAGUGGGUGCGUGAAGGAAGGAACAAAAUGGCGGCAUUUCUUUGGCUCAGACUCCUAGAAUGCUUGACAAGACAGAGUUUUUUGGAAGAACCUCAUCUCACCAUAGUUACUUUUACUUGUUUCACUUUUGUUAUGUAUGUAUUUAUUAGAUCAUUUGAGUAUUGGCACCUUUUAUUAAAAGGGUCGAUGUGGUGUUUUGCCGUUGAGUUCAUUUUUGGUUUCCUACAAAUACUAUGAGUCAUAGACCUUCCUUUGGGAAGUCAGCUGACUUCCAUACACUAUAAUAUACUGUGAACAUAUUAUUUUGUUACCUAAUAAAUCAGCGAACGAACAUGCAAACGUUUGGCAUAAUGUGAACUAAAAUUGAAAUUGAAAAUGUUAGUGGCCAUUUUGCAACAAUUAAGAGCAUAGCACUUUAUCUAGAUGAAAACUGGAUUUCUUAUCUUUAAAAUAUCUUGAACUGUUUAUUGCUCAGAACUUAAAUAAGCAUGCUAACACUUCAUCUGUUCAUGCUUGAAGUGAAAUGUUUUACUUUUCACUGGAGAAGACGAAAACAGGGUGAUCUUCACAUUAUUGUUUUAUACGAGUGACAAAAAUAUAUCUUGCCUUAUUUAGAGGCAAAUUCAUAUUUAUAAAUAUUUUGUCUGUUUUUCCUCCAUGAAACAUAUGCAGUAAUCACUUACCGGGAAGGUGAGUUUUUAUUCUGUUUUUUAAGGAGAGACACUUUCCAAUUGAUUGAUAUAGGAAACUGUUUGUACUAUAUAUAACCCAUAUAUUUGACUGUAGGUUGCAAAGUUUAAAAAAAAUGAUGGUUGAUAUCUAAUAUAUUUGGAACUGAUUCUAAGCAAAACUAUUAAAAUUAUCUUUGAAAUGACUCUUGAAGCUAAUUUAUUAGAAAAAAAGUGUUUCAUUUGGAAGCCUAUAGAAGUAAUAUCCACAUGCCAAGUCAUAGGUUCAGUACUUUUUUUUUGAUGUGUAAUGAGUUUUUUUUUCCAGUGACUUAACUGAAGUAAUUCCUUCUAAUAGAAAGGGUCAGUUAAAAUUCAGUAUUCAUGACAGAUUUUUGAAAUAAAAAAAAUAAGUAUGGGAGAUAAUGCAAAGACAUUGAAAUGGUUGUGUGACACAGGAAAAGAAGAUCGGAAAAAGACCAACACACACUUAUCCACCAACACUCCGUCAGUUUUUUAAGCAUUAGAGCUAUCUGGUCAUCUCUUCCCUCUUCCUCUUCAGUUAAUGAAACAAACACUAGGCAGCUACAUUACACACACACACACACACACACACACACACACCCCGCCAGCCCCCCAGUCAUCCCUGUUUAUGUAAAGACAGCAUGCAAACACUUUUUCAUUUUUUAUCCCUCAUUCAUCACAAAAAGCAGAGAUUGGUGUGGGAUAUUUGAGACCAUUCUGAGGUCAACGAUAGCACAAAGACUCAACAAUAUGCCCUCAAAUGGCUGGCGUUUUUGUGUGUCAUUUUCUGGCAGGAAUGAGUAGGCCUGUGGUAUUUCUUUUUGACUGCUGGGUGAUUUAAAAUAAGUUACAGUGUUUUUCACUUAAAGAAAAAAAAACAUUUGCUUUAUUGGUUACUUACUAGUUUAGCAUCUAGAUUAUGGUACAGUAUGCUAAAAAGUCAUUUGUUUAAAGGUAAAUUUUGGUCAAAUGCUGACAUCAGUCCUGGUAUGUUGAUGCAUUUUCCAUUCCAAGGCAAUGUGAAGUGGCCUGGUUUGGAAAGAGCUAAGGAACAACUCUAGAAGGUGUUGGCUUGAAUAGGAAGCCAGUCGUAUUUGGUGUUAUAGCCUGGGAUAUUUUGUAUUUCAGAUGAAGUGGGG